UUUGUAGUCCUGUCAAUAAAAUCAUAUGGAAGAGAGCGCCCCAAAUGGUUCUAUCGUGUAAGCAUAGUCACCGGAAGUCCUAGCUAUUAUAUUUGCUUAUGAUGGCGGCGUUGGUGGUUCCUCGCCUCGCUGCGUUUGGUACCUUUUCAUCAAGAUCUAUUUCAGUAUUUGCGAUACAACCGUGCCUGUCGCUACACCACAUUGCUAAAAGUGGCAAUGCUACAUGUGUGGUUUCAGUCAGAGAGAAAAGCACAGCGGUGGCUGCUGCCAAGCCCGCUGCAGUAACAAGCAGCAAGGGAGAGUAUGUUAUCACUAAGCUGGAUGAUCUGGUGAAUUGGGCACGCAGGAGCUCCCUAUGGCCCAUGACGUUUGGACUGGCGUGCUGUGCGGUGGAGAUGAUGCACAUGGCGGCUCCUCGUUAUGACAUGGACCGGUUCGGAGUGGUGUUCAGAGCCAGCCCCAGACAGGCCGACGUCAUGAUUGUGGCAGGCACCCUGACCAACAAGAUGGCCCCCGCUUUGCGCAAGGUUUAUGACCAGAUGCCUGAGCCAAGAUAUGUCAUUUCCAUGGGAAGCUGCGCCAAUGGUGGUGGCUACUACCACUACUCUUACGCAGUGGUCAGAGGGUGUGACCGUAUCGUACCAGUGGACAUAUACGUUCCAGGCUGCCCUCCCACAGCAGAGGCCCUUCUCUACGGGACGCUCCAGUUGCAGAAGAAAAUAAAGAGAGAGAAGAAAAUGAGGAUUUGGUAUCGCAAGUGAAAUUCUCAGUCUCUGGCUGUUUGUAAAUGUUGUAUUUAUGGGUGGUCUGGCCACCCAGUAAACCGGUAGGCAAUAUCCUCAGGAGUCACUCUCGGGUAUUCUCUGGCUCCUCUUCUCUGUAUAAACAAUUAAAUUAAUUUCUUGUCGUUAGUUUAACUGUUGUUGUUCUUGGCCCUGCACAGAUUAUGAUACUGGCAGGUAUGACAUUCAUCAAUUUCCAAUUUUCUCUCAGCAAUAGAAUAAUUUUAACUGAACAUUUUAAACAAUAUUUCUAUGGUCAUCACUAUUUAGAUAAAGUCACAUCAGGUCUUUUGCUUUC